AUGAGCCAAGAGGCUCGCGGCCUUGAUGCGGGGCAGCGGCUGGUGGCGCGGCUGAUGGGGCUCGGGGACAGGCGCACCGCCGGCAUUGUGGCCCAGAUCGCGCUCGAGGAAAAGGCUCACGUCGCCAUUGGCGUCGCCUGGUUCAAGCGCGUGUGCGAGGCCCAGGGCGUCGCCGCGCCCGGCGCCUUCCGGUCCCUCCUGGCGUCGCUGUCCCCUGAACUUCUGAAAGGCCCCUUCAACCACAUCGCGCGGUCCGAGGUUGGCCUGUCACAGGAUUGGUACGACGUCCAAUGCUGGCCCGAGGGCGAGCGCGCGGCGAUGGUCGCGCCGGCCGAGGCGGCGGCCGCCAAGGGGCGCGGAGAGGAUCCGGCGGCCGGCGCGAGCGCGGGCGCAGUGGGUGCCGCGGCGGUGACGGCAGGGGUCAUUGAUGGUGCGGGGUUGGAGGAGCUGCGGCGGCGGCUAGCGCUGAUGCUAGACACCGAGGCGGCGGCCGCGGCCCUGUGA